AGUGAUAACAUAUCGGGUACCAGCUGCCGAAGAUCGCAGUGUACCGCGAACAGCCAAAAUAAUAAAUACGGCGACGGACGGCCUUGCGGCGGCGCUUUGUUUAUAAAUAAAUCUAGUACCAGCCGCGGUACAACGCGCCACUCACUAUUGGCGGGCCGCGAACGGUCUUAGCGCGCAAUAUUGCGCAAAGCGAUUGAUCAUUUUACUAUUACGGCGACCGGGCGACGACAGUGGCGCGGCGCAGCGUCGUCGCGAUCAUAGUGCGGUGAGAUGGUUUCCGUUCGCGUUUAGUUGGAGCCUUGGAGGAUAUUCCGUCGAAACUUGCAAUACCCGCGGUCGAUAUGGACUCGUUUUUGGACCUAUUCGACCCGGGCACCAGCCCCCCGACCAAUUGCGAUGUAUGGCCAGAAGACGACGACGACGAUACCCGUCUGCCACCCGAACCGCAAAUGGGCAACGUCGAGUACAAGCUCAAGCUGACCAGUCCGUCGAAAUUGCGCUUUGAACAUCUAGUCACGCAGCUGAAAUGGAGGCUCAGAGAGGGACACGGUGAAGCCAUAUACGAGAUCGGCGUCGAAGAUACAGGGAGGCUGACCGGAUUGUCUUCUGAUGACAUGAAGUCCAGUCUGAUCACUCUGGAUCAAAUGGCUCUCAAACUUGGUGCCACCACAUCAGUAUUACGAGAAAGAUCUGUUAGAAAGGACAAAAUAGUUGCGGAAGUUUUAGUUCGAAAGGUUCCUGAUGACCAAGAAUGUAUAGAAGUUAUGGUUGCUGUAUUGGGAGGCGCAGAUGCUGGCAAGUCAACUCUUCUUGGGGUCUUAGCACAUGGCGAAUUUGAUAACGGCCGUGGUAGUGCACGGUUAAAUGUUUUAAGACAUUUACAUGAACUUAGAUCUGGACGAACUUCUUCCAUAUCUCAUGAAAUUCUCGGUUUUGAUACUGAGGGUGAUGUUAUUAACUACCAAAAAGCACGUACAGCCGAAGAGAUCAGAGAUCGUUCAUCUAAGUUGAUCACAUUCCUUGAUCUGGCUGGACAUAAAAAAUAUCUUAAAACUACUGUAGCUGGUUUGAGUGGUUAUUGUCCAAAUCACGUUAUGUUAGUUGUGAGCAGUCCAGCUGUAAAUGUUUCUAGUCAAUUAGACAUGACCAAAGAGCAUAUGGAUUUAGCACUAGCACUAAGGCUCCCAUUUUGCAUUGUUGUUACAAAGACUGACAUUACUCCUGCAGACAAUACUAUCAAUUGGUUGGAGUCUAUAUUGAAAUCAGUUGGGUGUCGAAAAGUUCCUCUUGUUAUUAAAUCGGACGAUGAUGUCAUUACUGCAAGUUCAGCACAGCCAACACAAAAUGUUGUACCCAUAUUUACCAUAUCCAGUGUUACUGGUGAAAAUUUAGAUUUACUCACUAGAUUUUUAUAUGUUUUACCGCCGAGUAUAAGUAUCAAAGAAAAAGAGAGAUUGGAACAGGAAUGUUGUCAGUUCCAAAUAGAUGAGAUUUUUAAAGUUCCAGAUAUCGGUACAAUUGUUGGUGGUGUACUUACACAAGGUGUUGUAAAUAUAGCCACAGAACUAGUCAUAGGUCCUCUUGAUAAUGGAACAUUUGUUCCAGUUACUGUACAGUCUAUACACAGAAAUAAAGCUCCAUGUCGUGUAGUAAAAGCAACUCAGAGUGCUUCAUUAAAUUUAGAAAAAGUUAUUCCAGGCUUGAGGAAUGGCAUGGUGCUGUUGGGAUUAGGUGUAAACCAUAGUGCCUGCAUAUUCUUUCAGGCUAGGAUCGUGCUGCUUUAUCAUGCGACAUCCAUACACAACGGAUUCCAAACCACUGUACACAUUGGGAAUAUACGACAAACUGCUGCUAUUGUUGCUAUAAUGGAGUGUGAUAAACGAGGCAUGCACACUAAUGAUUCCGCAUCAGUAAUAUUUAAGUUUGCACGCCAUCCAGAAUAUGUAACUGAAGGCAUGAGGUUAUUAUUCAGAGAAGGACAGACUAAAGGAAUUGGGAUUGUUACACAGGUGUUUGCUUUACAGGUUGUGGCAGGAUAAAUAUUAUGUUUGUACAUUACCGACAGUUGAUAUCUACACAGAUGAAUAUAGAGUAUAAUAAACUUUUAUAUCAUUUAUCUUUUGGAAUUGUGUGUUGUACACUAUAUAUUUUACUUAAUCCAAUGCAUAACAAUUUUACCUAUAGUUACAAUAAUAUAUUCUUACAACAACUAUAAUAUACAACUUUAAAAUUAUAUAUCUUUACUAGAAAUUCAAGAUGACCACUCUUUCUUUCUUUAACAUUUUAUGGUGUCUCUAUUUAAUAUUAAUUUUUAAUGAUUAUAGAAAACCAUGAAAAGUUAUUUAUGAAAAAUAUUAAAAUAUAAAUAAAUGUAUAAUAUAAUAGAGACACAACAUAUUUUUAAUGUAAUAUUCCUGUUGUAUUAACUAUCAGCCAUUAUUUUAUAAAUUUGUUUAAUUGAAAAUAGCUUUUAAUUUUGUAGUGUUAAUUUUUAAAAAUAUACCAAUAAUUAACAAAGUAAAUUAGAAUAUCAGUUGGGUUUUAGGAGAUAAAUUAAAUAUUGUUUGGAAUUAUGAUUCUGGAUAUUAAGAUUUUAUUUUAUAUUUUUAUUGUAGAAUAUUGUAAUUACCAUUUUUAUGAACUAAUAUAAAAAAAAGUAUAUAUAAGAAAGUUAUUACAUAAUAUGUUUAAUGUUUAUAAAUGUAUAAAUAAUGAUUUUGUAAAAUAUUUUAAAUAUUUAAUAUGAUAUAUUUAUGUACUCUAAAAUAAAAAUAAAAUAAUAUAUUUUUAAGGCAAGCAAUAUAGUUUAAAUGUUAAAUUUAUUUUUUAAUGUUUAAAUAACUUGAAAAUUCAAGUUAAAUAAUUACAAUGUAUAUUUUAUAUUAAAUUAUAUUUCAUUAAAUGUGUAGCAUAGAAAUAAUUUUCUGUAAAAAGAUUAGUUAGGACACUUGUUAGUUUUAGUUGUGAAGAGGUAAACCUGAGAAAAAGGAAUGAAGUACAAAAAGUAAUUUUAACUUAUAAUUUAAGGAUUUAUAUUUUGUAGUUUAGUUGUAAAAUUGUGUGACUGAAUGGUACAUUUUAAUUCAAUGAGUAUUCAGAAAUUAAACUACAUUAGCAAAGUAUAUAUUAUUAUUAUCUUAAGUUUUUUUUAGUUUAAAUGUGAUAAUGUUUCUACUUGUAUUCAAUAUAGCAAUUAAUAUUAAGCACGUCUUGUUUUUUUUUUUAAUACAUGCUUUUUGCCUACAAAAUAUAUUUUUUUCAUUAUAAUUUUCAAAAUAAACAAAUUAUUAUAUUAUUGAA